AUGGAAAGCUCAGAUUCCGACGAUGAAGAAGACAGAGUUUCAGUCCGACACAGCGGUCAGAUAGACCGAUUGGCUCAAGAAGAUGAUUACUACCGAUUCGUAAGUGAUCUGAGUGAAGAAGAUAACAUACUUACGAGGGACAACAAUUUGCUCGGCCCCCUAGGUGAAAGUACGGAAGAAGAGUUGCAGAAGAGGCUUCAAAUAAUGAAAGAAAACCUACGACAAAACUCAGAUGAAAAUACAGAUAGAGGAGAUGCUUCAGAUAAUGAAUCCAGUGAGGACUCUCUUCUAGACUGGCUUACCACUUCCGGACAAACUGAAAAUGUGACAAGUGAACAAAAAGAAAAUCAGUCUUGGAGAGAAGAGAGCGAAAUUAGUGCUAACAGUGAUGAGCUCAGAUUUGGCUUAGAUAGUAAUCUUGAGUGUGAUGAUGAAAACUCAAAUCCAGAAAAUGAAUAUGUAGCAUCUGCAAAACUUCCCAGAAGAGAAGAUACGGAAGACAGCCAAAGGCAAGUGGAAAAUCCACAAUCUGAGUCACUAUUUACAACAGCAUCUGCAUCAGAACACGAUACAAUGGAAACAUUAAUGGAAGUCCCACCGACUAGAAGUCAGAGACGACCAAGAAGUAGGAGCCCAGACUCUCGGAGAACGAGAGCAAGGACUGACAGUUGGACACCUCCACGUACACUGUGGGAACUUUUUCAAAGAAUGAAUGAAGAUAUACCAUCUCAGACUUUUAAACAACCUUUCAUAAGUGAGAAUGAUACAUUUUCUAGAACUGGGCAUGAAGAAACAUUGAGACAGCAAAUGCCUGGACAGGAGUUGCAAAAUAGGGGUCUUACUGAAACUUCUAGAUCUAGGAAUGCUGUUCCUGGAGAAUAUUAUUCAGACACAAUGGGCAGUAGUGAAUCUUGGGAAGUGAGGGAGACAAAUCCAACCAGACCCUUCAGUCCUUGUCCAGUUAAUUGUCCAGCAUGUUCUCAGAGAUACAGAGAAGUUAGUAGAACUCAGUUAACAUCAGACUUACCAAACAACACCACCACUUCAGAAAGUGAGCAAGAAGAACUGGAGCCUAGGUCUUCAGAUUUUGAUGAGGCCAAUGAGAGAGCUUAUGCCAAUACCAUCAGAAAUUCCAUUCAUAGAAUUUUAAAUACUAGCUUAAUUUUAAAUACUAGCUUAAGUACUAGAGUAAGUGGUAUAAUGUCUGUUACAACUCAGACUAUUUUAUGUCAGACAAUGACAGUAUUUAGUGACUCAAGUAACCUUAUGGACAGUGGCAGUAUUUCAGAGCAUAGUGUCUCACGUCCAAGUGAAAACAUGGGAUGGGCAGAGUCACCAAAUGAAAGACGUGGACCUAAUGGUAGUGAUAGCAGACCUAGUUCGGCUUCAAAUGCUAGCUAUGAUUCUGAUUCAAGUUUGCUACUGAUAUCAGUUUCAAGCCCCUACGAUAUUUAUAGUGCCACAUUUAAUCAAAUGUCUGGUUUUAGCCCAAGUGAUGAAGAUUUGGAAAUUAGCUCACCGAUGUUUGAAGACAGUGAAGAAGGAAGCUCAUCAACAGGCUUAUCAGAGACCGAGCAAGAAGAUGGACAAAUGACCCCAAUAAUAGAUGACGAUAGCGACUCUGGGUCUUCCUUUAAUCUGGAACAAUUUAUCUUAUUACAUGAAGCAGACCCACACCAACCUACCGGCCUUAGCGAACUGCAGAUUAACAACUUACCUUUAAGAUUUUCUGAAGGGGAAGAUGCAACUAAAAUCUGUACCAUUUGCAUCACAGAAUACACCGCAGGCAACAUGCUACGCAUCCUACCAUGCUCCCAUGAGUACCAUUAUCAGUGCAUUGAUCAAUGGCUGGCAGAACAUUCAACCUGCCCUAUUUGUCGUGGGCCCGUAGUGGAUCACUCUGAGGCAGAUGAUUCUAUGUGA